AUGAAAGUGAGAGGUUCCGAUGGUGUCUCCCCGCAGGUGGAGCAUCAGGCCUUCACCCCCGAAGAGGAUGAUACCAUAAUCAGAGUUCACGCUCGGUUCACGGAUGAGACAUUUUCCAAGAAAGGAAGGAAGAGAAGGAUCGAAGCGAGAGCGGAAUUCGUCGAAGAAGGCGAUGCAGUCGUCGACGACGAGGUUGAUGUCAGGGAUGUGGGUGAUGAGGCCGUCGGAGAAGCCGUGGCCCUGAUGGUCAAUGGCGCAGGUGGCGAAUCCGGCCUUGGCGAAGUAGAUGGCGGUGAGCUGGAGGAACCAGCUGGAUUCGCCGGUAAAUCCGUGAACGAUAGCGAGGGUUCCGGUGACGGUUGCAGAGGGUAG